AUGGCGACCGGCUCCGUAUCGUCCAUCGUUGGUGGCAUCUUUACCGUGAACAGAUUCAAGGUUUUUAUUGUGCUGUCAUUGGCCAUCACAUGGUACAUUGCUGGCCUGUUGCCUCAUUAUAGACCACGGAUUCAGGAAUCUUUCAAGAACAGACUAGACGAGGCCAUAGAAAAGAUCCCCACCGUGAAAGUGGACUGGAGUCCCGAGGCAGCAGUUGUGGACGUUGACCCACGGCUCAAGUACAACAGUUCCAAAGUUGCUUUGUUGAUUGAACCUCGACCGUUACCACACCUGGUUCCUCAAAUUCUCCACAUGAUCACAGUUGUACCGUCAGAUUGGCGCUUCGUCUUCGUCGGCUCUAACAAAUCAGUGGUCAGCGUCGGCCGUAGUUAUGCUACAAAGCAUCAGCAUGCCAUAGGAAAACUGGAUCUGAUGGUUCUUCCAGAGCCUUGGGAUAUCGGUAGCAAGGAAGCUAUUCACAGAACCUUGACUGAUAUGCGCUUCUACGACGAAUUCCUCCCUGGCGCCGAGUGGCUUCUCAAGUACGAGUAUGACAGCAUUCUAUGCGCCAACUCAGAGACAAGUCUCAACGACUGGCUACAUUGGGACUGGGCAGGGGCACCUAGAACACAGAAUGACAGAUUUUCUGGCAAUGGUGGACUAUCCCUACGGAGGAUAUCGACUAUCAAACGCGUAUUGAAGUUUCAAGAGCGCGUUAAUGACACUCAGCCAGAAGAUGAAUGGUUUGGGACAAGAGUAUGGGUCUUGCCUGGCGCAAAAGUGGCCUCUGGCACAGAAGGCCAGUUAGCCGUUGAAGACACUUAUAUACCAAACUCUAUGGGGUUUCAUGUCAGAGAUGGCGGCAAUAACCUACCGGAUGCCGUUUGGAAAGAUGCUUCACAAAGAAAGGCAAUUUUUGAAUAUUGUCCGGAACUGAGCCUCAUCAUGGAUAUGAAGCUGGAAAGCGAACGGUGCCCAGGAGAUGACAAGCAAGGCAACCUUCCGGCGUCUCCAAGCGUCACACAAUCUUAA